AAUAGAAUGAAUGGCAUUAGGGGUGUAGCUAAACAUCUAAGGUAAGGUUUAUAAAAGCUUGACACUUGAUCAGCUCAGAAGACUCUGAAGAUGGCUCUCCAAAAGCUCUCCGAGUGUGUUGCCUUGAUCAUUCUCAUAUGCCAUGGUUGUCAAUCACAGGAGCCAGAAUGUGGUUAUGUUGCUACAAAAGCCCGAAUCGUUGGAGGUCAGGACGCAAUCCCUGGGCAUUGGCCUUGGCAAGCAAGCUUACAGGACGCCGGUUUCCACUUUUGUGGAGGAUCCCUGAUCAAUGAACAAUGGGUGCUGACGGCUGCUCACUGUGUAGGAAGUGAUAUUCUUACUGCUGAAGUCCAUCUGGGUGUCCACAAUUUAUCAGAUCCCAACCCAAAUGAAGUGAGUCGGGGGAUUGUACAAGCCUUCUGCCAUCCUGGCUAUGAUGCAAUUACCUUUGAGAAUGACAUAUGCCUGCUGAAGCUGUCAGCUCCUGUCAACUUUACAGACUACAUAAAGCCUGUAUGCUUAGCCUCAGGGGAGAGCACCUUUCUUGAGGGUACUAACAGCUGGGUCACUGGAUUUGGAGACCUAGGUAACGGGAUGGCACCUGACAUCCUGCAGGAAGUAGAAGUGCCAAUUGUGGGAAACAAUAAGUGCUCAUGUUACAAUCAAGAAUUCACCAUCACAGAAAACAUGAUUUGUGCAGGCCUUGAUCUGGGAGGAAAGGACUCAUGUCAGGGAGACUCAGGAGGACCACUGGUGGUUUACAAUGGGUAUGUGUGGGUUCAAGCUGGAGUGGUGAGUUUUGGAGAUGGUUGUGCCAUUCCAAAGAAACCCGGAGUCUACGCUCGAGUGUCACAGUACGAGAGUUGGAUUAGGGACACUGUAGCUGCAAGUGAACCAGGCUUUAGUACCUUCACCUCCACAGGCACCAACUUUGACUUGUUCUUCAUCUGUUCUACCUCUCCCUUGCCCACUGACGGUAGCAUUUUUGACAGUGCUGACAACUUGAGUCACUUUACUCACCUUGUGGCUCUGUCUGCACUUGCUCUGGUUCUCCAUAUCUUUGUUAGUGUCAGGGGAAAUUGUUGUCAAUCAAAGGAGCCAGUAUGUGGUAAUGUACUAGUAAAAGAGUCCCGAAUCAUUGGGGGUCAGGAUGCCCAGCCAGGAGCCUGGCCCUGGCAGGUCUUUUUAACUAUAAGUAGAAGUCUCUGUGGAGGAUCACUGAUAAAUGAUCAAUGGGUGCUGACAGCUGCUCACUGCAUAACCAGAGAUGAUCUCAACCAAACAGAAGUCCAGCUUGGUGUUACAAGACUAAAUGCUUCCAGCCCCAACAAAGUGACUCGAAAACUGUCUGAAAUCAUCUGCCAUCCUGAAUACCAGAGUGAUACAUUUGAAAAUGACAUCUGUCUCUUGAAGCUUUCGUCACCCGUUAACUUUACUAACUAUAUACAGCCAGUCUGCUUGGCUUCAGAAAACAGCACUUUCCAUGAUGGGGUUACAAGUAUGGUCACAGGUUUUGGUGUUACUGAUGCUGGAGUAAUUUCCAACACCCUGCAGGAAGUAGAGGUACCAAUAGUGGGAAACAACAGAUGCAAAUGCUACUACCAGGACUAUUUUGAGCUUUUUAUUUUAUCUGGGGACCUGGACACAAAUAACUACUUGUGUGCUGGACUUAUACAAGGGGGAAAGGACUCUUGUCAGGGUGAUUCAGGGGGACCACUGGUUGUACAAAUCCAAAAUAGUUCUACGUGGGUCCAGGCAGGAGUUGUGAGUUUUGGUGAAGGCUGUGCUUUACCAAUGAGACCUGGAGUCUACGCUCGAGUGUCCCAGUACCAGAGAUGGAUCAGUGACACGGUCACUGGCAUGGAACCAGGCUUUGUUACUUUUACCUCCACUGGCUUGGACAGCGACUUAAAUUUCAACUGUGGUACUACCAGCCCUGCUACUACUGUCAGUACAACCACUGAUGACAGUAUUUUUGGCAGUGGAGGAACCCUAAACCAAUUCUCUAACUUUAUUGCUCUUUCUAUUCUUGCUCUUUUUCUUCAUGUUCUUGUUGGUAGUGUUUGAAGUUAAUGUUUCACUAAGAAACAUAAGAAAAUGUAACCAAUCAUUAACUGGAAUCCUGGAAACGAUGUGUUGUUUAUUAAGUUAAACAAAUAAUGCAACAUUAUGAUCUUGCCAAGUACCAUAUUAACGUUUGGGCUGGGUUUAUUUGAAUUACUACUAAUCAACCAUAAUUACUACUGGACAAAUGUAUUUUUUGAAUAUGUGUAACAAGGGAUUUCUGAUCAAAACAAAAUAAAAAAAUGUAAUUGCUUUUG